AUGUAUGGUUUAGUAAUCGAAGGAGUUCGAUUUAUGAUACAAGAGAAUUGGGGACCACAGGUUCUUCUUCAGGUCCAAAAACUGACAUCUCUAUCUGAAAAGUCUGUGUCUACACAUGACCAAUAUUCGGAACAUGUUGUCCCUCAAAUGUUCAAAGCAAUCCAUGAAAUAACUGGAACUCCUUAUGAACAAAUUGGAGUUCUUGCUGGAAGAUUCUUCGUUCAAUUCUUGAUUCGAAAUGGUUAUGGAGAUUUGAUGAAUGUGAUGGGAAGAAGAUUCUCUGAUUUCAUCAAAGGACUUGAUAACAUUCAUGAGUACUUUCGGUUCAGUUAUCCGAAACUCAGAGCUCCCUCUUUUUAUUGUAAAUCUGAAAGCGAAGAUGGACUGAUUCUUCAUUACCGUAGUCGUCGUACUGGAUAUCUUUCAUAUGUAAUCGGACAACUUGUGGAGUUGGCAAGAGUCUUUUAUCGAUUGGAUAUUGGAAUUCAAGUUUUGAAAAAGAAAGAAAAAGGAAGAUUUACUUUCGUUGUUCUGAAAAUUUCGUUUGAUAAUGUUGGUCUUGGGCACGAUUUGAAGCUGAAAGAACGUGUGAAAAAUCUGAAUGAAUAUCUUCCAGUCGACACCAAAUCAUUUCUCCAAAUGUUCCCUUUCCACAUUGCAUUUAAUAAAAAGCUUGAAAUCUUGAUGGCUGGUCAGGGACUUCUUAAUUUAAUGCCUAAUAUUCAAGGACUCCUGAUGACUGACGUAUUUGAUCUACAACGUCCAUGCAUCAAGUUCACUGCGGAAGGGAUUUUGGUUCAUCAGAAUUGUGUAUUCCAAAUUGAAUCAUUGCAUCCUGUGGUAAAACAAUCAGAGGAAAACAUAACAGUUCAGAUAAAUGAUGUAGUUGAAGAUAAAGUUUCAUUAGAGAAAAAGACGGUUAUGGAUAAUGAAUACGAAAGUCUUCCAUAUGUCACUCUCCGUGGUCCUAUUACUGUUCUCAAAUCAUCUGACACAUUUCUUCUCCUUGCCACGUGUGUUGUGGACACUCUUGAUACAAUGUUCAAAAUGGGACUCUACUUGAAUGAUUUUGGAGAAUCUGAUUGUAAUCGAGAGAUCAUUAUGGCUACCAUUCAGAAAAGUGACACUUUGAAAACAAUGCUAGAAAAUGAGAAAAGAAGAAGUGAGAUUCUGACAGACAUGACAAAAGAAAUAUCCGAAGCAAAGAAGACUGCAAGAGGACUUCUCACUCAAAUGAUGCCAUAUGAAGUUGCUCAAACUAUGAUGAGAAGUGGAAGUGUUGAACAUUCUGAAGCAUUUGAAUGUGUCUCGAUUGGAUUCAUUCGAGUCUGCGACUUUUCGAAAAUCAGCUUGUUUAUAGAAGCAUUUGAAGUUGUGAACUUAUUGAAUACAAUAUAUUCUCAUCUGGAUGCCAUUGUCGAUACCCAUGGAGUCUACAAAGUUGAAACCAUUGGAGAAAGUUAUAUGAUAUCAGCUGGAUGCCCUUAUCGAGAUGAAUAUGAUGCUGAAAUGGUUGCAGAUUGUUGUCUCGAAAUGGUUUCUCAUAUCAAAUCUUUCGAAUAUCAGUCUCAUGACGCUGUCAAGAAGGUUCUAAUCAAAUGUGGAAUCUUCACGGGACCAGUAGUCGGGGGAGUGGUCGGAGUGAGAACUCCAAGAUAUUGUUUGUUUGGGGACACUGUAAACACUGCCAGUAGAAUGGAAUCUUCGAAUCAAACGCCGAUGACAAUUCAAGUUGGUCAAAGAACCAAAGACCGAGUUGAGAAACAAGCGAGUGGAUCGUUCCGAAUCAAACCAAAAGGGAAUAUAUUCGUAAAAGGGAAAGGAGAUAUGAGAGUUUAUGAGAUAGAGAAGAAGAAGGGAAGAGCCAGAUACAAGAAGAAUGAACCAUUGAGAAAGAAAAUGGUGACGGAGAAGAAAGAAGCAGAUGAGAUGUUGGAUGAGGAUAAUGAAGGACAUCGAUCCAGUGCUCUCAGUCGAAUGAGUUUAGGAGAAUCCAUCGAUAGCUCCAGUUCUCGACGUGGCAGUUUAUCUGGGUCACAAUUGGAACUCAAUAAGACUAUUGCACAUACAAUUGAAGUCACUUCAAAAUCAUCGGAGGCUCUUGAUUUAAAUAUGCAAGAUGAGAAUAAUCGUCCCCCAACUUGGUCUGAUACUCAUACUCAGGAUGUUCGGAAGCCUAGAAAGACUGAGAGUAAAAUAACUCUGCACAGUCGUUUAAGCUCUUCCGAUCUUGCUGCGAGUCGUUCUGAAAUUUCGAAAGAUUUCGAGAAUGAAACUCCCCGACCGACUUCAAGUGAACUGAAAGAAGUCAACCGGAUUCGAGCAGAAGCACGUGCGCAAGAGGAAGAAGAAGAGAGAAAAGAAAACGAAGAGAAAAAGAAAGAUGAAGUAAAAGAGGAGGAUCGUGCGAGUCAAGCAACAUCUCUAGUUGACAACGAGUCGGUGGUCAGUCACGGCGAUAACAACAUCACCUUCUCCGAAAUGCCGUCCGAUAGCAUUCCACAAGAAGAUCGUGCUUCCCUCCCGUCUGCUGAACCUUCAGAAGUUGGAGAUGCCGUGAAACCAAAGAAGAAUUUGGCAAAAGAAGAUUCAAACUCUUCAAUGAGUAGUUAUGAAGACAGAACAGUGACUGCAAAACCCGUGACAACACGUCGACUUCUUGGAGAAAGAGAAUCGAAAGACGAGAAGAAACGAUCGAGCAUGGCAGGCUCUUCAGUGACGUCAUCUUCUGUUCAUUCGCAUUCUGUUAAGGGAAGAAGAGAAACUCGCGAUAAAUCGAGAUGCAAAUGCGAAGAUAUUCGAGCAGAUAACAAAUUGAAAACUAAAGUUUGCAGUAUCAUGUGA